GACCCCCAUGGACGCAGUUUGGAGCAGUGUAGAGAUGAAUGAGCUAUCCAUAAACCGAUUGGUCCCCUUUGAAGAGUCAGAAGGUCACUCUACGCCAGACACUCUUUACAUACCUGACAGAUAG